UGUUUGAAGGCAGCACUGAUUUGCGCGACUGCUCCGCGGGAAAUUCAGGAUUUACCGAACGACUGUUUUGUUUGGCCUGCAGUGUAUUUGGUUUCAACCUGUAACCUUAAAUUACCUUAAUCGUUAAUGCUAGUGGAUGUUAUUUAUACAGUCAACAUCACAUAAUGUCAAAGAAGAAAGGACUGAGUUUGGAAGAGAAGAGAACACGUAUGAUGGAGAUUUUCUUUGAAUCUAAAGAUGUGUUUCAGCUGAAAGACAUUGAGAAGAUUGCUCCCAAGGCAAAAGGCAUAACUCCCAUGAGCGUGAAGGACGUCCUCCAAAGCCUGGUGGACGACAGCAUGGUGGACUGUGAAAGAGUGGGUACGUCCAACUACUACUGGGCUUUUCCCAGCAAGGCCUUAAACCUUCGUAAGCAGAAACUGGAGGAGCUGCAGAAACAGAUUUCUGAUGCAAAACAGCGGCAAGCAUCUGUACAGAAAAUGGUCGAUAAGGCAAAAGUAGGACGCCAAGAUACGAAAGAAAGGAGCGCUCUACUGAAGGAGCUGCAGGCUCUGAGAGAGGAGAGAACGCAGCUGCAGGCCUCGCUGGAAAAAUACCGUGACUGUGACCCAGAAGUCAUUGAGGAAAUGAGAAAAUCAAAUGUUGUUGCGAAAGAAGCCGUUUCCAGGUGGACAGACAAUGUUUUUGCCAUCAAGUCCUGGACGAAAAAGAAGUUCUCCUUCGACGACGGCCGCAUUAAUAAAGCAUUUGGCAUCCCAGAGGACUUCGACUACAUGGACUGAAAAUGUUCACCCAAAACGUUUGCGUUGAAGCUUCUGUUUGGAAAAUCAGUUUUAGGAUGUUUGCAGUUCCAGUUGCUGUUCUUUGCAUUACACUGAAAAGAAAUGUUCCGGCAAUCACUUUUUCACGUUUGUGACUUCGAUGCGCCAGAUGGGCUUCAUCAGUGGAGAUGUUGCUUGAGUGCAACCGGAGAAGAGGCCGGGCUGACCAUUAGUGUGUGUGUGUGUGUGUGUGUGUGUGUGUGUGUGUGUGGUGGGAGGGGGSUAACUUCUUGGACACCUGUUUGCAUGAAAACUGAGAGGUCCAAGCUGAUGAUGGAAAGUAACAAACACUGCAUCUGUACCUCCAACGGCUGCGUUUAUGUCUGAACAGGUGGUUUUGGAUCAAAUUCUUGCAGCACUUUUCCCUCUAUAUUUAACCUUUAUUUUAAUUUUUUUUUUUCAGAAAAAAUGUGCCCAAAUGGAAGAAUAAAAACAAAAAAAAUGUGAAGUUAUGUUUUUAAUAUUAAAUUAACCUUUUAAGCACAUUUAUUUAGUGCAAAUACAAUGAGAAGUUUGUUAAAGGUGUUUGUUAGUAACAUUAUUUUGCUCAUUCUGCGUGUUUUACGUCCUGAUUUUUGUGUUUCACUUCUGGACAAGUUGCCCUCCCGGGUUGUUGCAAAAUCUGCAUUUCUUUUCUCAGGGCUGCUGCAGAUUCGUGUAUUAAAAAAAGGAACUCCAGUACCCUGUUUUUUUUUCUGUUUUUUUUUUUUUUUCAGCUAAAAUAAAUUCAAAACAUACAUUUGUGUAUUUUGUGUUUACUCAUUUGACCUAUUUGAUGAAAUGUCGUGGUUGGCUGAUUUAAAUUUCAAAUGUUCUCUGUGCAGGCAUGAUGUUGGUGUGAUGGUUUGAUUGCAUUACAGGACGUUCUGUCAGGAGUUUGUACUUUUAUUACCACAUGCCUGCAUGCUUUUUUUUUCUUUCUUGGGACUGUUUUGGUUCCUUCCCUUUAAAAAAAAUCAUACAAGUCAGGUUGAUUUUGUGGCCAUAAAUUAAACUAUAUCUGUGGGGUGGACCUGUGAUGUCCUGGGUGUAACCUGCCCCUGGUCUGAUAACAGACCCUCCCCAUGACCCACUUAUCUUUACUAGAAAGUAAAUGACCUUGUAGUGUAACGUUGUUUUCUGGUGCAGUUUAGAA